UUGUUUUGAUAUACUGUCGGUAAUGUUGUAGGUGAUACCAAAAUGGUAAGGAAGCUUCAGAGAAUCUAAAAACUCAUCCGAACAAAUAUUAGGUGAACUUUGCACACAUUGUGUACAUAAAGCCAGUAAUAAUUUCUCUUUGAGAUGACAGACUCGAUACGAGUGGUAUUCAAAAUGGUUGGUUGACCAUGUGAGUGGAAGGAUUUUAUAAUUAUUUAAGAGUUAAUACAAAUAAAAUGACGGCGAUUGUGCAAGAGGACAACGAAUUGAAGAGGUUACUUGGUAACCCUGCGAAAAAUGCUGGAGAGGAUAGCUUGAUGGGGCCACCGCAAUCGACUAAUGUUCCACGGCCGAGCACUUCGCAAAAUGUCAAUCCACAAUCAAUGAUCACGCCAAUGACCCCAGCUAAUAGUACAAAAGAAGUAAUAGAACCAUGUUUACAAAAUGUAGUUUCUACAGUUAAUUUAGGUGUAGAAUUGUUAUUAAUGUAUAUUAAUACAAGGACAAGGAAUUCUGAAUAUAACCCAGCAAGAUUUACGGGUUUGAUCAUGAGAAUAAGAAACCCCAGAGCUACAGCGUUGAUUUUUCAUUCAGGCAAAUUAGUAUGUACUGGAGCAAGAUGUGAAGAGGAUUCUUAUUUAGCAACGAGGAAAUUUGCAAGAAUAAUUCAGAAGUUGGGUUUUGCAGUCAAAUUCCAUAAUUUUAAAGUACAAAAUAUAGUUGCUACAUGUGAUUUAAAGUUUCCAAUUAAAUUAGAAAAUUUAAAUCAUAUACAUGGACAAUUUUCUAGUUAUGAACCUGAACUUUAUCCAGGUCUUAUAUAUAGAAUGGUAUCACCAAGAGUAGUAUUGCUUAUAUUUGUAAAUGGAAAAAUUGUAUUAACAGGGGCAAAGAAUCGAACUGAACUGCAGGAUGCAUUGAAUAAUAUAUACCCAAUACUGAAAAGUUUCAGAAAGCAGUAA